AAAUGGACUCGUCCCGUAAUCACCUUUGACCUCCAGUCGGACGUAAACAAACCCCCAGCCCGCGAAAACCGGUCCAAACUGGUACCGCAGAAAAGCAGUUACGGGACAAAAACUCCGGGAGUCAGCUAUUUUUAGAGAUAAUUAUCCAUCAUGCCACUCUGGCAACUUGCAAGAGUGCAGCACAGACUUGCACAACAGCUUGGCAGAUGCACAACCCGUUUGUGCAGCCAAUCUGCGUCUGCUGGCGUACCGUACGAGACAACGCUGAAGUCUGAUGACGCGGGCCCGUCAUCGGUGCCCUCGGAGGCUGACGUUGUGGUGAUUGGUGGCGGGAGUGUGGGCUGUAACACGCUGUACCACCUGACCAAGCUGGGGGUCAGCAAUGCUGUACUACUGGAGAAGGCACAGCUGACAGCUGGGACAACAUGGCACACUGCAGGACUGGUGUGGAGGUUACGUCCCAAUGAUGUAGAAGUGGAGUUACUGAGCCACACACGUGACCUGUGUCAGGAUGUGCUGGGGAAGGAGACAGGGUUAGAUACCGGCUGGAUCAACAACGGGGGCAUCUUCAUCGCAUCUAACAAGGAGAGACUAGACGAGUACCAGAGAAUGAUGACUCUUGGGCGCAACUAUGGCGUGGAAUCCUACGUGUUGUCGCCAGAGGAAACCCAGAAGAUUUACCCGCUGAUGAACGUGUCGGACAUGUACGGAGCGCUCUACAGUCCGGGGGACGGAACCAUCGACCCUGCAGGCUUCUGUACAACACUGACCCGUGCCGCCAAAAAGGGAGGGGCCAAGGUGGUAGAGAACUGCUCUGUAACGGGUAUCCAGGUGAAAGAGGAUGACUACGGCACCAAGAGAGUCUUUGGAGUGGAGACAUCACAUGGUACCAUCAAGACCAAAGCUGUAGUCAACUGUGCAGGUGUGUGGUCACCAUACAUUGGACAGAUGGCAGGAGUGGCUGUUCCACUUAUCGCCAUGCACCAUGCCUAUGUGGUGACUGAGAGGAUAGAAGGUAUCCAGAACAUGCCCAACAUCAGAGACCAUGAUGCCUCAGUGUACCUGAAACUCCAGGGUGACGCUCUGUCCUGUGGUGGCUACGAACCUAACCCUGUCUUUUGGGACAAGGUGGACAAAGACUUUGCGUUUGGUUUGUUUGAGCUGGACUGGGACGUGUUCAGUGUCCAUGUGGAGGGGUGUGUCAACAGGGUACCAGUCAUCGAGAGGACAGGCAUCAAGUCCACGGUGUGUGGGCCAGAGUCCUUCACUGCCGACCACAAGCCCUUGAUGGGAGAGUCCCCCGAGGUGAGAGGGUUUUACCUAGGCUGCGGGUUCAACAGUUCAGGGAUGAUGCUGGGGGGAGGGUGCGGUCGCGAGCUGGCUCGGUGGAUCGUCAACGGACGACCAACACUGGACAUGUACGGCUACGACAUAAGACGUUUUCCCACCUGUCAAACUAGUGACAACCGUUGGACGCGGGAACGUAGCCACGAGGCGUACGCCAAGAAUUACUCCAUAGUCUUCCCUCACGAUGAGCCGCUCGCUGCGAGGAACUCCAGGACGGACCCUUUUCACGAAGUGUUGCUGGAGGCAGGAUGUGUGUUUCAGGAGAGACAUGGUUGGGAGAGACCUGGGUACUUCACACCACAGGGGCCCACUCCUAUCCCAGACUAUGACUACUAUGGUGCGUAUGAAGAUCUCCCAGCCAAUGAGGUAAACCUUUACAACGACAGACUGAGAGAUGACUAUACCUUUGACUUUCCCAAGCACCAUGAUGUGAUUGGAAAGGAAUGUGUAGCCUGUAGAGAGCGAGCCGCUGUGUUCAACAUGUCCUACUUCGGGAAAUACUACCUGACUGGGCCUGAUGCACAGAAGGCAGCUGACUGGAUCUUCUCAAACAAUGUGGACAAACCACCUGGCUCCACAGUGUACACAUGUAUGUUAGACAAGACAGGAGGUAUAGAGAGUGAUCUGACUGUGAGCAUGAUCAGUUCUGGGGAGGGCUCGGCCAUGGACCCUUCGUUUGAUGGUAAGGAUCUACAUGCAGUAGGAGGGGGUUCAGCGCAGCGUAACUGGUCCCACAUCACAGACAUCCUGCAGGACAACAGGUUCAACUGUCAGCUGGCAGACAUGUCCCACGACAUGGGCAUGCUCAGUAUACAGGGACCCAGAAGCCGAGACAUCCUCCAGGCGCUAACAGACACAGACCUGGGCAACGAGGCCUUCCCCUUCUCCACUAACCAGGUGAUCACCAUGGCAGGACACAGAGAUACCGUCACUGGCACGCCGACAUCCGCCCUGAUGACACCCCGUUUGAAGCUGGCCUAGCGUUCACCUGUAAGCUGAAGUCCAGUACACCCUUUCUGGGGAGGGAGGCCCUGGAGAAACUCAAACCUCAGGGACUGCAGAAAAAACUGGUCUGCUUCACUAUUGAUGAGCAUGUUCCCUUGCUGGGUCUGGAGGCCAUCUGGAGGAACGGCGUAGUCGUGGGAUACCUGCGCCGCGCAGACUACGCCUUCACGCUGGGUAAGAGUAUCGGUUACGGCUACGUCAGGGAUCCCGAGGGAGGGAAGGUCACUGCGGACUUCCUGAAGGCCGGAGACUACUCCAUCGAAAGGAUGGGCGUGGUGUACCCGGCAACCAUACAUCUGAAAACACCCUUUGACCCACAGAACAAUAGGGUUAAGGGCAUCUAUGCUGACAAUGGCAAUGUGAAAGCAGCAAGCUUGUAGAUAGGGAAACAAUACAUGUAGGACAUAAAGCAAUAUCUACAUCAUUGGAGUAACCAUCCUGACAACAAAAAGUUCUUUGCGUGAUAAUUAGCUAUGCAAGUAUGGAAAAACUGAAGUUGUUAUGGGCUGAUCUCAUAGUCCUGCCCAUCUCCAGUAAAAUGUGGAAAAUGUAAAAUACAAACAUAGAAAUGCAAAUAUUUGAUUGACAAGGGGUCAGUCUCUCAUUGGUCUAACUGCUUAUUGCCAUUUUAUCAUUGGUGGAACUGCUAAUUAUGAUGGACAGUCAGGAUAGGUCUAUGUACCCAAAUGCUACCACAGGAACCACAAAAUCAAAGUACCAGUCUGGUUAAUCUUUCAGAUUUAAUGAAUUUAUGAAUGGAUUAAUUGUAACGACAUUUAGACUAGGAAUUUCAUCAGUAGUUGGUGAGAAGAUAUGAGCAUUUGGGAAUUGUUUCAUGUCGUAAAUGGUUUAUGACUUGUGACCUUUCGUCAAUAAUAGAGAGAUUAAAUCAGAUUUGUGACAUUGAGAAUGCAUGGAAGGUUGAUAGUAAUAUGGAUACUAGCCAAUGCUGUAUAGAUUAUGAAAUGAUAUAUUCAAUUUGAUCUGUUCAUCUUAUAUUAAGAUGGUAGUCCAAUGUCUGUUUCCAUCAAUUGAAAAACACCAGUCUCCAAAAUAUUUAAAUGGAAGCAAAAAGAGUUGUUUCAAAAAGUUGUUUCCCAGAAAAAAGUGCCAUUUUUCUUGUACAAUUAUAUUGUCACUUUAAUUGUUACUGAAAGCUAGCACUGCCAUAUAGGGUCAACAGUUUCUAUGGUAGAUACUUCUUUGACUUUAUUUGGACCACAGCAAUACAUUUCUGAUACAUACGUAAUAGCUAUUUUCCCUACACAUCAAUACAUCAUAAUACAAUAUGGUACAACAGAGAGGGAAAAUACAGAACAACCAUAUCAAAAUCUGUAUAAAAUUGUGUAUAACUGUUAUAACUGCCCUUUAGUGUAACACACCAGCUUUGCAGGCAUGCAGCACAGUAGCAACUUGUUACAUCACAUUAAACAACUUGUAACACUUAAACUUUGCACUCUUCAACAGUACUAUUUGUGAUGUACAGUUGUGCCAAUGAAAAUCAUUAGCAGUGGUAAAUGCAUGCUUUCCUAGUGUGCAAUAUGGCACUUUCAUUUUAAUUAGUUUGACUUCUAUCUGUCUUCAGUCAAUGUAAAUCUGUGGCAUACCAUUCUGUAAAUUAUGGACUUAUCAUGCGCACAAUUUGUACCCCAUGAGAUAUUUCAAUGGGGAUUUACAUGGAUAGUUAUAUUGAAAUGAAGGUAGCAUUAGAACAUAGACAUUCAAAUGGUCAAUAUUUUCACCUGAAUGUUUAUCAUUUACGUUAGCAUAUUUGUCAAUUGAAAGGUUCUGAAUAAUAAACAUACAUUGAACAGGGUAAUCGUUUUUGUUUGUUACUAUUUUACUUCAGCCUUUCUGUUACAUCAUUUCAUUUGUCAAUCCACUGUGUCUUAAACAAUUAAAGAAUAGUGAUUUGUUGGGAA